GAUGUCAAGGAUCUUGUAGAAGGUGAUCAAGAAUCUAAAGGUCGAAAGAAGACAAAAGAUACUGAUGCAAAAAAUUUGUCUUCAGAAGAUGAUAUCCUUACACAGUUGGAAAAGGAUGGAAGUGUAUUAAAUAGGGUCGAAGAGGCUUGUAAUAUAGCUUUGGAUAAAUUUUUAAAAGCCUAA